GGUUAAAUUUAGCAUAUUUGGUUGUUUUUGAUAGUUAUUGAAUCAUUUAAAUGUAAGCCCCAAUUGGACCAAUUAUCUUACGCUAGUUGAAUAACUUUUAUACUACUAAUCGUUUUCAGAUACUUUUUACAGGGUGGCGUGAACUAAAAAAGUUUGGGAACCGCUGCACUAUCGUCUAUCCAAAGUUUAUAGAUUAUAAUCUAUAAACCUUGUCGCCUAUCGACAUGACAAUGAUAAGAAAAUGUAUGUUUCUAUGAUAUUACCUAGCUAAACCAUGGGUUGGAAUAUUUACAAAUUGUUGUGUUGCUGUGGCAGUUCUAAUGAAUCAACUAGAGUAGAUUUGGCAAUUGUUCGAGAGCAACAAGCUGCUGCUGCUGAAAAACGAUUAAGAGAACAAGAAAGUCGAGGUAUUAAAAAUCCAGACCGUGUCAAACGUAUGCAACGAGAACAACAAAAACGUGAUGAAGAAUCUAGUAGAAAUGCUAAUAUGGGAACAAGUACUGGAUUAAAGUGGCAAGUUAGUUAAUUGUUCAAAAUAUUGAAGUUUAUAUUUCCAUCCAAAAAACAUG